AUGGCAUCGAACACGGCAUCUGAUAUUUGGGAGAAAAAAAUGAAAACAUUCCAUACUGUCUGUGACAGAGAUAAUGACGGUGUUCUAACACGUAAAGAUUAUGAAGACAUCGUUGCAAGGAUGACUACAUAUAUCAAGAAGAGAGGAAAGGAGCCGUCACAAUCGAGGCUAGAAGCUAUCCGAAAAAAUUACGUCGACGUAAUGUGGUGUGAGUUUGUUUCGCUUGGACCGAUUAAAGGUAACGAGCGCAAAGUGAGUGUUGACGAAUUUACGGCCAACGUUUUUCGAUCACUUGCAAUCGGUCUACCAGAAUCAGAAAAAGUGGCAGCAAUAUCGCUCUGCAGUAAUACCGCUGCGUUCUAUUUUGAUGUCAUCGACUUUGAUGAGAACGGUACCAUCUCCUACGAUGAAUAUGAAGAUUUUCUUAACCUGAUCGGUGCAGAUCCACGACAAGCAAAAACCGCGUUCGAUUCGAUCGACGUUGAUGGCAAUGGCACCAUCAGCCGUGAAGAAUUCGCUAGUGCGUUCCUUGAUUUCUGGCUAAACCCAUGCAAAGGAGGUGUAGGAGAGCUGUUGUUCGGGACUCUGCUUUUCCUCGGGCUAUUGACGGCUUGGGCAUUACUGUUCAUUGCGGCUGAGGCUGCAUUACCACCGACUGGGGUAACAUUCAAACCACAUCAUUUCUGCAGAGAUGAAGAGUGGCUGUGGUGGGGCGAGAACAAGGAUUACUUUGAUCCGAAGUGCUCAGAGGGUGAAAUGAUAAAAGUGACAAACGCUGAAUUGUAUCCAGUUCAACAGAAUCUCACGUGCGUUAUGAAUAAUUCUGAAUGUCGUCACGACUAUACCAAGUCAGCCUUUGACACGUGCAUAAACAAAGAGGUCUGCCUUCCUAUGGUCAAUUACGAGGAAUCAAAAAAGUCCUGCUGCGAAUACUUGCUAUGUCAUACAAUAGAGUUUGAAUGUGUACCAGCUACAUGUAAAUUGCCUUCGACACCCUCUAAUGGUCAGAUACUCACCUCUGAGCAAUCGAAUAACUGGAACGGAUCUAUAUCUUAUUCAUGCAAAAAGGGCUUUUCAUUAGCGGGAGAACAAACAAGGAGGUGUAUAAGAAAAGGGACCGAAUAUGGCAAUUGGGCAUACACUUGGCCAGGAGUGGAAUACAGCUAUACCUGGUCGGGGAACGAACCAGUAUGUGUUGCAGACAUGGAUCAAACAUUAUGUCCAUCGACUGCUUACAAAAAGGAGACACUUGGUUCCAAGUGCUAUGAAUUCCAUGACGAUCAGCAGACGACGUUCCAAAAUGCUAAAGAAGCCUGUGGGAGUAGGAAAUGGAAAUUGGCAACAAUAAUUAAUGCAGACACGCUUGGUCUCAUACGACAUCACAUGGAUUAUGGUCAUAGAUCAAAUUACAAGUACUGGAUAAACGUUGACCCUAAGUUUAAUGAUUCGAUUGAAAACUCUUGGUGUGCGUAUGCAUAUUUCGCUCAACCAUCCGUUGGAUAUUACGACCCAAAGGAAAACGAUGGUCGAUGUUCGAAUAAGUACGGAUAUAUUUGUGAAUAUGAAACAUUGAAUGUGACAUCUUGCGAUGCUCUCGUUACACCAAAAAACGCCCAUAGAAGAGGUACAAGUCGAGCAGUCGGGAGUAUAGUAAGGUUCUCUUGCUACCCCGGCUAUACUGGAUAUCCCAUCAGAGCUUCCGGGACUUACACAAGAGAGUGUCGCGACAAUGGAAAAUGGGAUGGCAUCAACCCAGAUUGUCAAAUCGCUGCUACCGAUGAUCUUGUCAACUGUAUGGCAAAAUGUCUCGGGAAACCCGUCGAAGACGUUGAGAUUCAGAAAUGGAUUGCCAAAUGUGGAAGUGGCAAUAAAUGCUGGUUUAGAAAGGCUGGAUCCGCCGGUCGGGAAUGCAUUUCAAAAUGUUCUCAGUAAUGCACUUCGAUUUUGAAUAAAACUAUCAUUAUUGAUUUAC